GGAGAGUGAGCACACAGGGGCCCUCUACACGCUCCGGAACUGGACCAGCACCAUGCGCGCCGACGGCUGAUGCCACACAAAGUCCUCACCAACGCCAACUGUUGACCGCAGUCCCUCCUCAAAAGAUGACGUCUGCCACCCCACCCUCCUCUCGUAGCUCCUCCCCCCAGAAGGUGUGCCAUUCCCAGACCCAGACAGACGUCUUGAAACCCCUUCUAGGUGGCGGCCUUUCCCCCGCCAGCGGCACUCUGAGGAAGCGGCGGCGAGUGCUGUCUAAAGAUGGCCGCAGCAACAUUCGCAUCGAGCACGUUAGUGGGCGGGGCUCUCUGUACAUGCGAGACCUGUGGACCACCUUUGUGGACAUGCAGUGGCGCUACAAGUUCUUCCUCUUCACCGCCACCUUUGCCGGGACCUGGUUCUUGUUUGGAGUGCUGUGGUAUCUCCUUGCACUGGUGCAUGGAGACCUGCUUGAGUUUGAGCCACCGUCCAACCACACUCCCUGCGUGAUGCAGGUGCAGACGUUGACGGGCGCCUUCCUCUUCUCGUUGGAGUCGCAGACAACCAUCGGCUAUGGCUUCCGCUGCAUCACCGAAGAGUGUCCUGUUGCCAUAGUGCUGCUCAUCAUCCAACUGCUCAUCACCACGCUCAUGGAGAUUUUCAUAACCGGAACCUUCCUGGCUAAGGUGGCUCGUCCGAAGAAGAGAGGCGAGACGGUCAAGUUCAGCCAGCACGCGGUCGUGUCCACACAGGAGGGACGGCCGUGUCUUAUGAUCAGGGUGGCCAACAUGCGCAAGAGCCUCCUGCUUGGGUGUCAGGUGACGGGUAAACUGCUGCAGUCGUCUCUGACCAAAGAGGGUGAGACGGUUCGCCUGGAUCAGAGGAACGUCGCCUUCCAGGUGGAUACGUCUAGCGACAGCCCUUUCCUCAUCCUUCCGCUCACCUUCUACCAUGUAAUUGAUGAUGACAGUCCCCUCAGGGCGUGGGCGGCCAAGGGCGGUGGCUGGACUGAUCCGGAGUUGGCCGACUUUGAGUUGCUCGUCAUUCUCAGCGCGACUAUUGAGCCCACGUCGGCCACCUGCCAAGUUCGCACUUCCUACCUGCCUGAUGAGAUCCUUUGGGGUUACGAGUUCCCGCCAGUGGUCUCCCUAUCGCCAUCGGGCAAAUACGUGGCCGACUUCGCCUUUUUCGACAAAGUGGCCAAGAGUAAGGCAGCGCCCGUAUUCAAGGCUUCAGGAGGCCCGCGACAAAGCUACCAGAGCAACGGCAGCGGGAAGCUUCCCGAUGGGUCUGACCCAGAAAAGAUGCGCUUGGAGCAAAGCUAUCGUGAAGAACGAGGCCGUGUCAGCGUUCGUAUCAGCAACGUGUGAGAAACUGGAUGGUAUUUUGGAUUUUUUUGGACUGAGCUGCCCUCAGCUUCAUAAAACCUGAGCAGAAACUGAGGAAAAUCAAAUGGUACUGAAAAAGAAGCUUGGGGGAGAUGACAUGCUUCUUUGAAUGUAGAAAGAGCAACACAACAAAUGUAAAUAGUACCUGUAGGUGUCCAAUACUUUUGUCUCAACUUUACAUUUUCUGUCGGUAUUAAUAUACAUUUGUCCAUCAUGCUCCACAUUUUCAAUUCCGGCUGGUGUCCCAAUAUUUUGUCCAAACUCCAGAUUUUUACUUCCCCCAUUGGUGUCUUUUUAGUAGGCCCUACAGCGCCCCCUGUUGCUUUGACAUGCACUUUUGUGUGUGUGCACUUGAUUUGCCAGUGUAGCCAUUGUGCCUUUUCCACAAGUAACCUUCAGGCCUUCAAUUGCAGUGGUGGUAUGUAUUUAACACCUUGCAAAUGCCUUUUUAUGUGGAGAGAAGAAAUAUUAGGGCCAUGUGGUGACAAAAAAAAAAAAAAAGAGAAAAACUGAGGUUUUUUUA